AUGGCUUCUAUCUCUGUUCCUUUCCUCUCUCAGGCACCCACCCACCUUUCAAACUCCACUUCUCUCCGUCUCAAAACCAGGAUCUCUGCCACCCCGACUCCGACUCCAACUCCAACCACGGUUGCACCGUCGUCCACGGCGGCGGUGGACGCCUCCAGGAUGGAGCCCAGGGUGGAGGAGAGAGGGGGUUACUGGGUUUUGAAGGAGAAGUUCAGGGAAGGUAUAAAUCCACAGGAGAAGGUGAAGAUUGAGAAGGAUCCUAUGAAGCUCUUCAUAGAAGAUGGGUUCAAUGAGCUGGCCAGCAUGUCUUUUGAAGAAAUUGAAAAGUCUAAGCAUACUAAGGAUGAUAUUGAUGUGAGGCUCAAGUGGCUUGGACUGUUUCAUAGGAGGAAGCAUCAAUAUGGUAGAUUUAUGAUGAGAUUGAAGCUGCCAAAUGGGGUGACAUCAAGUGCACAAACUCGUUACCUGGCCAGUGCAAUAAGGCAAUACGGGAAGGAGGGAUGUGCCGAUGUGACUACGCGGCAAAACUGGCAAAUUCGAGGUGUGGUACUGCCUGAUGUGCCUGAAAUACUAAAGGGUCUUUCAGAGGUUGGUUUGACGAGCCUGCAGAGUGGCAUGGACAAUGUGAGGAAUCCUGUUGGAAAUCCUCUUGCAGGCAUUGACCCUCAUGAGAUUGUUGAUACACGACCUUACACCAACUUGUUAUCCCAAUUCAUUACUGCCAAUGCUCGUGGGAAUACAGCCUUCACUAACUUGCCGAGGAAGUGGAAUGUGUGUGUUGUAGGCUCCCAUGAUCUCUAUGAGCAUCCCCACAUCAAUGAUCUGGCGUACAUGCCUGCCACAAAGAAAGGAGAUUUGGAUUCAUCUGCUAGUAGGCGGUUCUUUAGUCCCAAACGUUGUGCUGAUGCUAUUCCUCUCGAUGCCUGGAUCCCUGCCGACGAUGUCCUCCCAGUUUGUCAAGCAGUACUAGAGGCUUACAGGGAUCUUGGUACCAGAGGAAACCGCCAAAAGACAAGAAUGAUGUGGUUAAUUGAUGAGCUGGGCAUAGAGCAGUUCCGGGCAGAGGUGGUGAAAAGAAUGCCCCAACAAGAGCUGGAAAGAUCAUCUUCUGAAGACCUGGUUCAGAAGCAAUGGGAGAGGAGAGAUUACCUUGGUGUCCAUCCCCAGAAACAGGAAGGCUUUAGCUUUGUGGGUAUUCACAUUCCAGUGGGUCGAGUCCAGGCAGAUGACAUGGACGAGCUAGCUCGAUUGGCAGACGAAUAUGGCUCAGGCGAGCUCCGGCUCACUGUAGAGCAGAACAUCAUAAUUCCCAAUGUGGAGAACUCAAGACUUGAAGCCUUGCUCAAAGAGCCUCUCUUGAGAGACAGAUUCUCUCCGGAGCCUCCUAUUCUCAUGAAAGGCUUGGUGGCCUGCACCGGCAAUCAGUUUUGUGGACAGGCCAUUAUCGAGACCAAGGCCAGAGCAUUGAAGGUGACGGAGGAUGUGGGGCGGCUGGUUUCAGUGACCCAGCCAGUGAGGAUGCACUGGACCGGCUGCCCAAACUCCUGCGGCCAGGUGCAAGUGGCGGAUAUCGGAUUCAUGGGGUGCAUGACAAGGGACGAGAAUGGGAACGUUUGUGAAGGGGCAGAUGUAUUCUUAGGAGGUAGAAUUGGGAGCGACUGUCAUUUGGGAGAGGUUUAUAAGAAGCGUGUUCCUUGCAAAGACUUAGUGCCCUUGGUUGCUGAAAUUUUGGUAAAUCACUUUGGAGGAGUCCCCAGGGAGAGGGAAGAAGAAGCUGAAGACUGA